AUGGAUCAAGCGAACGUGGCCGGCUCCAACGCAGCUGCCAACAGGGCGGAAAGGUUUGAUGACGAGAAGCGCCGAAUCAUUGAGAGCUGCUUCAACAAAAAGGACCCAGAUGGCUCGCUGCAAGAGACUUAUAUUACCCAUAUCCGCGUUACCGAAUUCUCCUCACAUUCGUCGAUGCCGCCUCCUCCUGAGGCUCGAGGUCAUAACGCUGAGAAACCCAGAGUUAUCGUCGUAGCGGUACGAAAGUCUGGACGAGUUCGGGUACACAAAUCCAAAGAAAAUAGCAGUGGAUCUUUCUCAAUUGGCAAAACAUGGAACCUAGACGACCUCUCGCACAUAGAGUCCUACACAGGGCCCAAGGUCCCCCCAAGUCUACGGGAUCGGGCUGGGGAAACUGGCUUCCUCGUUACGUUAGGAAAGCCUUAUUUUUGGCAAGCCCAGACUGAUAAGGAAAAGAAAUUCUUCAUUGCGAGUCUGAUCAAGAUUUAUGGCAAAUAUACAGGGGGCAGGUUGCCCGAAUUAUCAGGAUUCGACCAGAAGGAGUUGGAUCAAAUUCUAGGGGCUGGCAGACGGCCAACGGGGGCCUCGCCUCGACAACAAACGACCGACUCAGCAGCCAGCCAGCAAAGUAUCGCUGCAUCCUCAAGCGCCCCUAAAGCUAGCCCUGGAGAGAUCCCUCGACAUCCUAGGCCUUCCCCUCUUUCCCGACCUCCGCCGAACGACACCAUGUCUCCUACUGGAAGUUUCGACUCUACUACAUCUAGAGAGCGAUCAGUCCCCCGAUGGACGACUCAGAAUAACAGAAGCCAAGACUCUAUUCCUAAUUCCGUUGCAACAAAGAGCGACGAUGUAUCAAGCCUUCCUCCGCGAUCCCGUAGUGGCAUGGCCGGGCCAAGUGGCCUCAGUGGGCUAGGUGAACUUCGAAGUGUUCCAGAACCAACACACGACCCUAUACCUGCGGUAACUCGCCCACCGCAAGAGAACAAGCCACCUCCUGAAAGAAGGCGUCCCCCUAUGGAUCCGUCAAGGCCGCAAGAUAGGGACUUGGUUCCUGCUCCCUUGAUGAGCUCAGCAGCUAAAAGAGAGCCGGUGGUACCUCCACCUCGGAGUUCCGAUCGCGCUCCCCCCCAAGCAGUCCCAGCAGCGUUACAGCCAGGGGUGGCUUUUGGUAGGACUCAUGAUGAAAGCUCGCUUCACGUAGCAGAUACUUCGGAAAGUGAAACUCGGCCUGGUUUAGGCCCUAUGAUAAAAUCAAGAAAGUCUACAGAAGAGGAAAAUCGGCCUGGCUUGGGUCCUAUGAUAAAAGCCAAAAAAUCCAAAGGAGACGUUGCUGGUGCUUUCUGGAAGGCUGCAUCUGCUGCGAAUGCUUUCCGUCCUCGACCAGGAGGAGCCGGAGAACGUCUCCGACAAAUUGCAGCCAAAGCAAACGAAGGUCCUGAUGGCAUCACAAGUGUCGUCCCUGCGCCACCUAGGCCUGUAUCUCGCGAUGCAAAUCUGCCGACUCUUGAGCUUCCAAAGCCUCCAACUGGCGACUUGCCAAUACCAGAGGUCAAAAUAUUAUCGGCAGAGUCCGGUAACCAAGCAACUUCACAAGAACUAACUAAACUAACUAAAGAAGUCAAUGAAGUUGAGAAAGACGCAACCAUUCCGAAAGAAGCCUCUCGCCACCCUGCGGUCGUCGGACAAGACGCCAGGUAUUUCCAAAAGCUGGGUGUUGAUCCGAACCUACUUGAUGAUCGGGGUGAGGAAUUCGGCAAAUGGUUAGACUUCUUCGGCUGGGUUCCCGGCGAUCAAAUGCACUGUCUGAGCAUGGACGAUAUAAGCAAUGACCUUGAGCGAGAAUUAAACACAGUUCAGGCGGGAGGCUGGUUGGCACGCUUCCGGGAAGAAGAUGAAAGGGUGUACACUAUCAAGCGGGGAAUUGACCUCGCCAUGAGCGAAUGUGAAGAGUUGGAUAACUUGCUCACUCUAUAUUCCGUGGAAUUAUCGACCUUAUCGGAUGAUAUUGCUUAUAUCGAAGCCCAAGGCCAGGGCUUACAGGUACAAACAGCCAAUCAAAAAUUGUUGAGGAAAGAACUAGAGUCUCUCCUAGAAACAUGUGCUAUUACCUCCAACGAUCUACAGGCACUCCAACAAGCGCCCCUGGACAACCCUCGUGGCUUGGAAGAAGUCGAGCUCUCGCUUGUAACGCUCUUUAGAGCUAUGACCAAAAUCGAUCCAUCUCUUGGAGUUGACGACACUGCGAAGGCUAUGGACUCUGUCCUAGAUGCAGACAAUGCCUUGGGACUAAACACUAGUUACGGCGAGAUGAGGAUCGUGCAAGAAAAGAGAGAAAUGUAUCUGCAUGAGAGCAGGUAUUUUAUGAAACGGCUACUCGAUUUCAUGACCCUACAAUUCGGAGAAGCUUACGUUGAAACCAAGAGAGCGUUGGACGGUGCGCUUUCUAAAAAGAUUGAUCCUGCACACCAUAGCGUUGGACGAGAUCUUUUGUGGAAGUAUAGCCCCUUGAUGCUCUACGCGAGAGAUGCAGAUCUAGAAAAUUGGAGCCAUCUUAUGCAGGUCUACCAAGACAAGAGCUCUCCCCUAUAUAAGCAUGAGUUCCAGCACGUCGUUGCGCUAUGGCGAAAAAAUGCAAGGAAACUUACGGGAGAAGAAGCAGAGAUCAUCUUCUCGUCCCAGGUUGAGAAACAACAAGAAGGCGUAGCUACAGCAGCUCGAAAACUGACAGUUAAGCGUAGCCAAACAUUGGCUAAAGCGUUACGCUCCCCUUUGGCGGAUGGCGGCAGUACCAAGGUGCAUGUUGACAGGAAUGGCGCCGAUACCAGAAGCCUACCUUACGAAAUCUUCUCUGGCGUUCUGGAUGAUCUUUUGCCUCUUGUUGAAAUGGAACAAAAUUUCAUUGUUGAUUUCUUCCACGCAACAACGCUGGAACAAACAGACUUUCCUGAGGCUGUUGCCGCAUGUCCUCCCCAAGAUCGCCGCGGAGGCGACCUAAGGCGCCACAGGCUCAUGGAGCCUGACCGAGAGCUUGCCCGUCGCGUUACACGAUCCAUGGAGACCAUUUUUGCGUUUCUCGAAGCGGAGUUGCGAAGGCUUAUGGAGUGGGCUAUUGCUCAAGAUCCGCUGCAAGGAGUUGGGGUGCUUGCUACACUCGAGAGGAAGUUAUCUGAAAUGGGGCAAUCUAAUCAGGAUUUCCUCAAUGCCCUUCUUCAGAAAUUGCAUGUCUCACUAGAGGGACAAUUCAGAAAGUUUGUUGACGAACAGAUCCGCGCUAUCGAGGACACGAAGGUCAAGAUCAAGAAGCGCAAGGGCGUCAUUUCUUUCAUUCGAAUCUUUCCCGCAUUCAUGACAGCUGUAGAGAACAUGAUCGCCGGAGUUGAUCAUAAUCAAAUACUGCGGCGGACAAUUGAUCGGGAGUAUGAUCGUAUCUUGAAGACCAUGUUCGAGUCAUUAAUGGUUAUUGCACGCGAGCACCCUGCAGUCGGAGUUGCAGGCGGCACGGCUGAUCCGGAGGAUAAGGAGGCUCUCAACUUUCACAUUCUGUUGAUUGAAAACAUGAAUCACUUUCUCGAAGAGACCGACACCCGCGGCCUGGAUGUCCUAGAAGGCUGGAAAACGCAAGCAAACACGGAAUAUCAUGAACACAUGGCAUUAUAUUUGAACACAGUAAUGCGGCGGCCUCUGGGGAGACUCCUGGAACAAAUUGAAAACAUUGAAGCGCAGCUACAAACCGGCAAAUCGGCUAUGGCGAUUGCUCGACAACCUUCAAACAAUAAGGCAGCGUUUAACAAGGUUCUAGGCUCCUAUGAUUCAAAGGAGGUGCGAAAAGGGAUUGAAACGCUACGGAAACGUGUAGAAAAACAUUUUGGCGAUGCAGAUGACCCAACUCUCAGCCGUGGGCUGGUUAUCAGGGUCUUGAAAGAAUGCGAGGAAUUCUAUGUUGGCGUUGAAAGCAGGAUAGGCAGGAUCAUCACCGAUGUCUAUAGCGGCGAGGUUAUCUUCGAAUGGCCAAGGGCCGACGUCAAGGCUGCCUUUCGGUAAUUAAAUAUACAAUGUAAUUAUGC